CAAAGUAACCACAAGUAAUGCAGCUUGGGAAAAUGCGCCCACGGUUACUAUCAGGCCUUCUAUUGCUGUUGGUGGGCGGGCAACCUUGGCUUAAGCAAUGGGCGUGGGCGCAGCGCGUCGCUGAGCUUCGCACAGGAAUUAUUGAGCUGAGGACCUGGCCGGACGUGACUGCGGCCGCUGCUGCUGCAGCUUGGGGCCCUGGCGGUGGCAUAGGGAGCCAGGCGAGCACGCGGUCUGCCGCAGUUUCUGGUGGCGGCGAUGCUGGUGCUGCGGGGCUGGACUCCGGUGCUGCCGUGGAGGCGACGGGAGCUUUUGGUUUGUUCCUGGUGGCAUACACGCCAGGCCCGCAACAGCUGCGCCUGCGCAGGUCGCUGACCUCCCGCGGCGCCCGGCUGCUGGCGCACCUGCGGCCGCACACCUGGGUGGUGGCCAUGACGGCGGAGGCGGCGGAGCAGGUGGCGGUGGAGAGCGGCGCGGCAAUGGCGCCUCUGGGCCCGCCUCACCGCAUAGACCCCGAGUGGCAGCCACUGCUGAGGGAGGUUGAGGCGGUGGCGGCGGAGGCGGAGGCGGAGGCGGGCAUGGUUGCGGCGCAGAGGCGGAGGCGGCAGUUGCUGGGUGGCGGCAGUGAUGCGGGUGGCGAGGUGGCGGGGGAAGAAGAGGAGGAUACAGAGCUCGUGGCAGCAGUGGCGGUGGAGGUGGGGCGACGUGCCGCGCGCGCGUUGUCUCAGCUGCAGCCACUGGCGGGGCCUGGGGGCCCUGGCGCCCUUGGGUCGGAAUGCCGCCGCCGCCGCCAAGCCGCUGAGCAGCAGCCCACAGAGCAGGGGCCCGGCCAGGGGCAGGGGCAGGAGGAGGCGGGGUCGGGGUCGGCCGCUCCCCCGCUGCCCAUGUACGGUGUGUUGGUGACCCUGCUGCCAGUGCCCCAGCUGACGGCGGCGGCGGUGGGCGACCUGGCUGCGGACCUGCCCGCGGCCCUGGCGGCGCAGCUGGGGCUGACGCAGCGGCAGCAGGGCGCGGGGGCAGGCGCGGCACUGCCUCCGUGCUGGCCGCUGGUGGAGGCCCCGCGGCGGCCCUGCGGCAGUGGCGGCGGCAGUGGUCCCCCGCUGCUGCAGGUGCACGUGUGUGCGCAGCACCUGCCCGCGGCCGUGGCCUGGCUGUCGGGGCUGUGGCAGGCGCAGUGGCUGGAGCCGCAGUGGGCGCCGCAGCUGCACAACGCAGUGGCAAACAUCAUCGCGCAGACGGGCGGCCUUCUGAGCCUAUCUCAGUACACGGCUCCGCUGGCAGUGCGCAAGCCCUACUGGGACGCAGGCCUGGACGGAACCGGAGAGGUUGUGGGGGUGACAGACACGGGGGUGGACAUGACGUCUUGCUACUUCUAUGACUCGCAGUACGGCCCCGCACUGGCGGCCCUGGCGGCCAACAGCACGCCCGGCCCCUUCACCCUGCCCAUGCCGGCCGCGCGCAAGGUGGUGGCGUACAGCGUGGUGCAAGGCGCGGCGUACGGCGACCCGGGCAGCGGCGCCCACGGCACACACACGAGCGGCACUGUGGCGGGCGCGGUGCCUGCAGGCGGCCCCGGCGGCCCCUCGGGGCUGGGGUCGGGCUACCGGCUGGACAACGCCACGGGCGCGGUCCCGGGCGCCCGGCUGAGUGUGAUCGACAUCAGCACCGCGGGCGGCGGCCUGACAGUGCCCUCGCCCAUGGACCAGACACUGCUGCAGGUGCACGCCUCUGCCGGUGUGUCCAUCACCAGUGACAGCUGGGGGGUGCUCAGCCGCGACUACACCGCGGCGGCCAAUGACUUCGACCGCUACCUGUGGUCCCAUGGCGACCAUGUGGCACUUGUGGCAGCUGGCAACUACGGCCAGUCUCCGGGCCUGCGCAGUGGCCAGGUGACACACCCGGCGGCGGCCAAGAACGUCAUCGCAGUGGGGUCCUGCCUGCACAGCCCGCCCUUCACCUUCUACUACCCCUUCUACACGGUGCGCGGCCGCCGACUGGGCUCCGGGCAGGCGUGGAGCCAGCAGGUGUGGCCCAUCGAGUGCCGCGACGUGGGUGCACGCGACUUCCUGACUGGGGUGGGCGGACCCAGCGGCCGCAACGCCACGCUGGAGCUGGUGGCGGUGUCGGGCUGGUCGCUGCAGCCCCGCCCGCCGCCCGACCCGGCCACCGGCACACUGGCACAGCAGCAGGGCGAGGACGGGGGCGGCGAGCUGCCUGCGCCCGGCCCCUCCCCGGCACCAGCGGGUCCGGCCGCGUUCAGCUCCAGCUGCAGCCUGCCGCCCGGCCUGGUCGCCUCGGGGGCGCUGGCGGGCGCAGUGGCGGUGGCGCCCGCCUCGCCCAACUGCAGCCUGGUGGAGCAGGUGUUGGCGUUACAGCGGGCGGGGGCGGCGGCGGUGCUGCUUGGCUACACGGAGCCCUCCAACCCGCCCACCCCGGUGCUGGUGUCCAGCCCCAGCGCCGCCCUCAACUCCACCGGCGUGACCAUCCCCGUGGGCUACAUCACACAGUCGCUGUGCUCCUGGCUGCUGGGCAACAUGAGCGCCUCCAGCCGGCCCGUCACAUUCAGCGUGUCACUGAGCGCCAGCCAGGGUAUCAACAGUGUAGCCAGCUUCUCCAGUGCCGGCCCCGCGCUGGACGGGCGCGUGAAGCCCGACCUGGUGGCUCCCGGCUUCCAGCUGACCAGCGCCUGGAAGACCGGGGCAGGGGCAGGGGCCGGGGCAGGCACCACACAGGGCGACACGUGCGGUGUGAGCGUGGCGGCUCGGAGCGGCACGUCCAUGUCCACACCCACGGCCGCCGGCCACACGGCGCUGGUGCGUCAGUACCUGCGCACCGGCUUCUACCCCACCGGCUCCCCGGCGGACGCCGCAGCCGCGCCCUUCACCCCCAGCGGCAUGCUGCUCAAGGCCAUGGUCAUCGCGGGGGCCAAAUCAAUGGAGGGCGGCGAGGCCAUGGCCACACGUGCGCCCCUGGGGCCCCCGCCCGACGCCUACCAGGGCUGGGGCCGCCUCAGCCUGCCGGACACGUUGCCGCUGCCCGGCCUCACGCCCGCCGGCUUCUCGCUCCAGGUGGCGGACCGCGGCCAGUUCACCGCCAGCGGCCAGCAGGCGGCGCUCACCGGGAUCACGGCCACGGGGGACGGGCCCAUCUCCAUAGUGCUGACCUGGUACGACUACGUGUCAUACCCCAACGCCCUGGUCAAACUGGUCAACGAUCUGGAUCUAGCUGUCAGCCUCACGCCGCCCGCUGGGGCCGCCAGCAGUGCGGCCUCAGUGCUGCUGGGCAACAACCCGGAGGAUGCAGCCUCGCCCUCCCCCGACCGCCUGAACACGGUGGAGCGGGUGUGGCUGUCCGCCCCGCCGCCCGGCGCCGCCCUCACCAUCACCGUGACGGCGGCGGACCUGCCCUCGCUGCUGCUGAGUGCGGACGCCAACCACACGGACGCGCUGCUGCCCCAGCGCUGGGCGGUGGCGGUGGUGGGGCACUUCAGCGGCACACUGGCGUCCGAGCUCAACCCCGCCUACGUGCGCCAGGGGCAGCUCGGGCUGCUGCAGCCGCCGCCACCCAAGGCCUCAUCUCCACGCCCCCGCAAGUCGCCGCCGCCUUCCGCCUCUCCUCCCGCUCUUCCGCCAACCAGCCCCUCUCCAUCCCGCAGCCCCACCCCCUCACCCAAGAAGCCGGCAGGAGGCGGCAAGUCGCCCAAGGCCCCGUCUCCCAGCCCCUCCCCUAGUGCCACUGGCGGCAGCGCCGGCAAGAAGAAAAAGCCGCCACCGCCCGAACGUGGCGGCAAAUCGCCGCCGCCACCCAAGAAGCGUGGGAGGUCUUGAAGACCCGGCCGUGCUUAUUCAUGCAUGCAUGAUCGUAUCCAUGACUAACACACGGCAAUCGUUGCGCAGGGAUGAUAUUAAUGGUGUUAACAGAACCGUACUUAGGGCAUUAAUGUUCUCAUGGCGCAGCCGCUGAAUGAGCGCGUAGCGCGCGUGCUUCCAUUCCAGUCGGGCUGCAUGCAUUCAUCCUCAGGGCAGCGUUGAAGGCCAGACAUCGGAGCAAACACGGAUUAGGUCUGAGAAGCAACAGAGCGCGUCUGUUGUUGCGGAGGCAGGGGUUGUCACAUUCGAGCCCAGGCAGGACUGUCGGGAGCGCUGCGGUUGCCAUACGGUGGCAAAGGAUGGCCACAAGGCAAGUGGGGGCGGGCUGUGACUGAGGAGGCAUGCUUGCAUCGGUGAGUGCUGCGAGCAGAGGCCCGGACCAGCGCAAGGGAUACGGGGCUGUACGGGGAUGCCGGUGAGGCCGAACAACCCACGAUCAGUGUGUCCGUUAUUGCUGACUUCAGGGGCAGGCUGCAAUCGUAUGUCAGCCUCGGCCGCCGCCCAAAAGCCUGGGCCGAGGUACCUGCGCACCACCCGUUCCUCUCGCGGGGUGCGGGUGACUGUAUGCUGCUUGUGUUGCCUGAUGAUGUGGGCUCCCCGCCCCCCUCGCCUUGAUUUGCUGGUGGGUGGUGCGAGCUGUGUGCCUCUGGUGUGUACGCUUUGGGGCUACCCGUAUGGGGCGUCGGCGUGGGCGUCGCCGGACUACGUGACUGGCGUACCUGCGUUGACACCUCGCCGGAUUGACUGCACUUCGUGCGCUAGUGCGGUUUGCUGUACGUUGGUGGGGCUUUGGCGGGCCUAGGCUUAGCUUCGACUCACUGUGCAGCUGCUGAGACACGUUUUGCGUGAAGACCUAUUGCAAGGUUGUGGAAGGUCGGCAGACAACUGGGAGGAGGGUGGUUUCCCUUCGGGCCGGAGAUGGUCCCUCUUGACCUGGGUGCUAAGCACCCUUGCUUGGCCGGACUGCCCCGUCUUUGUAAUGUCACAUUUAUAAGGACAAGGCAGACAAGGCCAGGGUUUUGGCCAGUUCUGGCGACGCAGUGGCUGGCAGAGCGUGCGGUGCGGAGGACGAGGGCAGGGUGCGGCGGGGAGGGGGCACUGGUGGCGUGUGGGCCCUAGUUCACCCCAUUCAACUCCUUAGACAUG